AUGCAGAACUGGUACUGCUAUGCGAAAACAGUGGCAGAGCAGACAGCUUGGGAAGAGGCCAAGGAGAAAGGGGUGGAUUUGGUGGUGGUGAACCCAGUUUUGGUACUCGGACCACCUCUCCAACCAACCGUCAACGCCAGCAUCAUCCACAUCCUCAAGUACCUCACAGGCUCAGCCAAGACUUAUGCCAAUGCUGUGCAGGCCUAUGUGCAUGUUAGGGACGUGGCUCUGGCCCACAUUCUGGUGUAUGAAACUCCAUCUGCCUCGGGAAGGUACCUUUGUGGUGAGAGUGUGCUUCACCGUGGAGACGUGGUAGAAAUCCUAGCCAAGUCCUUCCCAGAAUACCCAAUUCCCACCAAGUGCUCGGAUGAAGUCAAACCAAGAGUAAAACCAUACAAGUUGACAACCCAUAAGCUACAAGACUUGGGCGUGGAGUUCACUCCGGUGAAACAGUGCCUAUAUGAAACUGUCAAGAGCUUGCAGGAGAAGGGCCACCUUCCUGUGCCUAAACCACAAGAAGUUCCACUAAAAUUCAAUCUUAAAUCUUUAUCUUUAGUGCGGAAAUAAACGUUGCAAUGGUAUUUUAAUAUUAGAUGACAAGUUUGUAAGAAUAUUUUAUGUAUUGUGGCCCACAUGAAGUGACCCAUGUCAAUUUUGUAAGAAUAUUUGCAAUGCGUGACCUAUGUAUUUGUGGCGGAGAUAAACGUUGCAAUGGUAUUUUAAUAUUAGAUGACAAGUUUGUAAGAUUAUUUCAUAAA